AUGGGGGAAUAUUCAGAACAUUAUGAACAUUGCAUCAUCUACUUAGUCCCCCCAUACAUUCUCAAGACCAACUGUGGAUAUUGCACACGGGUUAAGAAGUUGCUAUCACAGUUGGGGGCGAAUUACAGAGUGAUUGAAUUGGAUGUCAAAAGUGAUGGAGAUACAGUCCAAUCUACACUGGUAGAGUGGACCGGACAACGGACUGUCCCAAAUUUGUUCAUAAACGGAAAGCACAUCAGUGGAUGCAACAAUGUAACAGCGAAACACAAUGACAGGAAGCUGGUGCCAUUACUGACUGAAGCAGGUGCUAUUGCCAAUACCUCCUCUUAGAACACUCUAGUAUGUUGGAUACUAUGUUUAGUAUAUAGCCUAAUGACUGAGAAAAUGUGGAAAGAGAAAUAAAGGGUAGAAGUCGUAAUAGUGCUUGAAUGUGUUAUCAAGCUGCUGCUUUUA